AUGCACGAUUCCUCACUUAAAUCUAGCCGUGAUGGCUUCCAAUGGACCGAAGAAACUGGCCUUGUCGCAGGCGUGCCUACUUUGGGCCUUAUACAGCCAUCCUCUCAUUGCAGCAAAGAGAAGGUUUAUGAUGUGUUAGUUAUUGGAGGCGGUUAUGCUGGACUAACGGCCUCGCGCAAUCUCGCGCUUGCCGACAAUCAAGUCUUACUAUUGGAGGCUCGUGAUCGGAUUGGAGGUCGUUCAUGGUCUUCAAAUAUCGACGGAUACCCCUAUGAAAUGGGCGGUACUUGGGUGCAUUGGAAUCAGCCCUUCGUCUGGAACGAGCUGCGACGAUAUGAUCUGACGGGACAACUGGAAGUCUCGCCUAGGAAGAAUGUGGAGGGUGGUGCGCGAGUCACUGUCAAGCUGAACGGAGAAAUGCUUCAUAUUUCACAUGAUGAAGAGGACGAGGUGAUUGAGUCGGCAUUCAAGAAGUUCAUAAAUGUCGACGGUCAAUUCGCUCGUUCUAUCAUUCCAUACCCACACGAUAUCGAAUUCAAUAUGGAAGGUGUUCUUUCUUACGAUAAGAUGUCAAUGGCUGACCGAAUGGCCCAAGUCGCUUCUCAGUUGACACCCCUUGAAAAGAACAUGUUCGAAGGGUUCCUGGCCAUAACGCACGGUGCAAAAUGGGACGAAGCAUCAUUUUUUGAGCUGCUGCGGUGGUGGGCAUUGAUGAACUACAACUAUGCCGAUUUCAUGGCGAUUGGGUUGACCUACAAGUUAAGAUGUGGUCAAUCAGCACUCGCAAGACACAUCUUCGACGAAGCUCGGGGCACAGGAAAGGUCGAUUACAGCUUUUCAAUUGCUGUGGACACAGUGAAUGACAAUGGAGAUUUGGUUGAAGUUACGAGCAGAGACGGAUCUACUUUCAGAGCCAGGCGCAUUGUGUGCACUAUUCCACUGAAUGUUCUACACACCAUCAAUUUUGUGCCAGCUUUACCGGCCCUGAAGACUGAAGCGUCCUUGAUUGGGCAUGCCAAUCAGGUUGUCAAGUGUCAUGCAGAGGUAGCAAACCCUGAAAUGCGAUCACUGGGUGCCACGAAUUAUCCAGAUGGGAAGUUGACCUACACUUUUGGAGACGGAACCACUCCGGUAGGCAACACUCAUCUUGUUGCAUUUGGUAGCUCGCUACCCCAUGUACACCUGAGCCCACAGACAGAUGUGGAGACGACAAAAAAGGCCUUUGAGGCAUUUCAUCCUGGUAUGCGAGUGAAAAGGCUGGUUUUUCACAAUUGGCAUGAAGAUGAAUUUGCCCGUGGUGCUUGGGAGUGGCUUCGACCAGGAAUGACGACCAAAUAUCUACAGUCCCUACGUGAGAGGCAUGGGAAUAUUCUAUUUGCUAGUUCUGACUCUUCCUAUGGUUGGAGAGGGUUUAUUGAUGGGGCAAUCGAAGAUGGUGGGAGAGUGUCAAGGGUUAUUGAUCAAGAGCUGAAAGCAGUGGUGCAUCAGCACGAGUUUGUUUUCACUUCAAAGUUGUAA